UCAUCCUAUAGAAAUUUAUUCAAGGGGGAGUGUUGUAAUCCGCUCAAGGGGUAAUAUAAAUCCCUGCAUAAUUUGAGAAAAAAUCUACACAACAAUUAUUUGUGUAUCUAAAGCUUUCUUUUGAUCUAUUCAAAUCCUUUGUUGCAAAACACGAGUAUACUUCCUAAAAAAAAAAACCAUCUUCUUGUUCCUCAACAAUCAGAAAACUACUCAUAAUAAAGCAAAUCGAAGAAGCCAUAUGAACACUCACAUACAAACAACUACAACAACACAACCCUUUUAUUCCUCUUCUUUCUUUUCCACUUCCAUCUAAGAUAACCCAACUUUCCCCCAAUUUUACAAUUUCAGGAUCAAACUUUUUUCCCAGAAAUCGAAUUCAAAGACUCACACGCUCUCUCUUAGCAAUGGCAGGUGUAAUUGUCAUUUGGGUCACUGCUAUUGCUUUGACUGUUGUCUAUGAAUAUUGUAUACAAGUACUAUAAUUUUUAGAUGGACCUUUAUGCUUUCAAUCCAGGACCACUAGAUGAUUCUGUUCUUUAUGAUCAAGAGAAGCAUGUCUCUUCUGCUGUUUGGGAAGGGCAGGAGCGUGGUGCACUUAGAUGUCAUGAACACACAUCAAAGCUCAAUCAGUGGGUACUAACACCAAAGCAGAUUGAGUUAAUUGAUAAGGCAGGAUUUGGGUAUUUGAAAUUCAUUCCUGCAAUUAGCAUAGACAAUCCACUGAUAUCUGCCUUAGUUGAAAGAUGGCGUAGGGAAACAAAUACAUUUCACCUGACAGUUGGGGAAAUGACUGUAACCCUUGAAGAUGUUGCCUAUUUACUUGGACUUUCAAUCGACGGAGAACCUGUUAUAGGGGUCACAUAUACUUCAUGUGAUGCUGUAUGUGAAAGAUAUCUGGGAAAGGCACCAGAUUCUGGAUACACUAGUGGUGGCAUGGUGAAGCUUAGUUGGCUGAAAGAAUGCUUCUCUCGUUGUCCUGAAAAUGCAUCAACUGAAGAUAUAAAACGCCAUACCCGGGCUUAUCUUCUUUACCUUGUUGGAAGUACAAUUUUUUCCACUACUACUGGUAAUAAGGUCCCAGUGAUGUACCUUCCUCUGUUUGAGGAUUUUGACCACAGUGCGAAAUAUGCAUGGGGUGCUGCAGCAUUGGCUUUUUUGUAUAGAGCACUUGGUAAUGCAUCACUGAGAUCUCAGAGCACUGUUAGUGGCGGCUUAACGCUAUUACAGUGUUGGAGUUACUUCCACCUGAAUAUUGGCAGACCAAAACUUCCCCAAGAUUCAUAUUAUGAUAACUUUCCUCUAGUACUUCGGUGGAAAGGAAAACAAAAUGGUCCUACUACAAAUCGAGACAUAACCUUCUAUCGUAAGGCAUUGGACUCGUUAAAGCCGGCUGAUGUAGACUGGUUUCCCUAUCAGAAUGUUGACCCCAUGGUAAUACCUGAUAAUAUAGCAAGCAGCUUAAUUUUGGGGAGGUCUAAAACGAUGCUGAUAUGCUUUGACAAGGCAGAGAGGCACCUACCAGAUCGUUGUAUGAGGCAGUAUGGCAUGCCUAAUCAACCGAUCCCAGAAUCAGUAGACCGAUGGGAAAGAAAGAGCCGUGGAGUUGAUGGUGGGGUGGACUUGUCCGGAAAAAUGGAGUUGGAGCUCAAAGAAUGGUCAGAGCGGCAUAUCCAUAUCAUGCAUAAUGGAGAAGAUGCUGAUGAUAGCAAAUAUAUGCACUGGUAUUUGAGAAUUACUCGUAGAUUUGUAGGAAGACCGAUUCCUCUUGCAUCCGAGUUUCAAAGAAUGAAUGCAACUCUACGUGAAGUCGCACACAUUGCUGAUACAAUGUCCCUACAAGGAUUGGAUAAUGAGCAAAUACACUCAAUAACCAGGAUCAGAUAUAUCAUUCAUGAGUGUUUACGUGACCAAGCAGGAAGUGUUGUCACAGUAGCAUCACCAUCGCCAGAAAAUGAGAAUUGCAACAAGAGAGGUAGGGGUAAGGAGAAGAUCAGAAGAAAAGGAAUGGGAAAACGAAGGCGGAAAGAUGAGUUGGAGCAAUGUGAAGAGGAUAACACAUGUAGAGACGAUCAACUAAUACCAAAUUAUGCUUUAACUGAUAUUGAAUAUGUACAACAGAUGCAUCACCCAGUUCGUUUGGUCAAUCAUCAUCACCCAUGUCAUCCAGACAUUGCAAAUGUAAAUGAAGAAGAUAUGGAUGAAGCUCAGCUUUGCAUUUCUGUGAAUGAAGUAGGUGAUGCACAGAUCUGCUUGCAUGAGAGUGAGGUAGUAACUGCCAUGCCUUCUUGUGACGAUAUUGAUGGAUCACAGCCGUCAGACUUCAUAGAUCAUCAAGACGGGCAUUGCCCUCCAUCUGAUGAGGACACCAAGCUUGAUGAUCAUGAAAAUGGUUUGGUUCCAGGUUCCUGUAAUCAAGAGGAGCCCAGUGACUUCUCUGAUGAAGACACUAAGGUUGAUGAACACGGAGCUAACUUGAUUCACAGAGAGGACCAUAUUUCCUCUCCUCUUGAUGAUAGCACACCUCAUUCUACCGAGAUGCCUAUGAAGGUACAUCCACAUUCAUCUCAUGAAAGUGAAGAAGACAUUUCUCAGCAGUCUAAUAAUGGUAUCAAAUCAACAUGAACAGUCCAAAUUUUUUCAUACAUUGUUUCUACGAAAAUUGCAUUUUCUCUGUAGCCUACUAACAAAUUUGGAUUACUGAUCUUUGUUUUUACAUCAGUAGAAUACAAACCCUCGUCACCAGAUAAUUUUGUUGAACUACUGUUUCCAAAGUUGAGAUGAAACGACGAAGUCUUCAUGUCACAUCAUUGGGUCUGUAUAGAGAGCUUCUAUGUUUAUUAACUAGAUAUGGAAUUAGACUAUGUUCUCAAUUUUGAAUGUAAAUAUUUAUCAAAACUUACUGAUUGAUUUAUUGUGCUGAAGGAUAAGUUUGUAUUUUAUA